AUGCCUGUCGGACUGUUCGUUAAUGCAUGUACUAUCAAUUCUAUCGGAGAGAUUAUCGAUAAUCGACCAGAAUCGUUCAAGUUUUCCACUGAUUCCACUCCAAUUACUGUAAGAUUAUUUGAGGAUGGAGAGGAGAGAUAUGUGAUGAAAGAGGAAUUGUAUCAUGCAUUGAAUAGGGUGUCUCCGGAAUCAGAAGACUUGAAAAUAAUUCACUCGGAUGGAUUGAUUUUCGAAGGAAUGAGUAUGAAGGAUGUUGAGGCUGAGUAUGGAGAUCGAAUUCAGAAUAUUGAGUUCAUCCGCACUCCAAUCCUACGUUCCAAACACCGACUCAAAUUGGGUCAUUUCGUCAUUCCAGCCGUCGAUUUUCUGCUGGAAUUUCUGAGAGAAAUCAUUUUCGGACUGAAAUUAUUCCAGAAGUAUCAAUGCGUCGAUUGGGAGGAAUUUGAACCAAUUUUUGAAAAAUUCGAAGCGAAAUUUAUUGCUUGCCGUACAAAACCGUUCAUCGUCAGAGCUGGGAUUCAACAUGACAUCUCACAAGAUCCGAAUCCACUGAAAAAGUAUGAAGUUUUGCCGGUGAAAGAAGUCAGAAACCUCAAAAUCGGUGGAUUUACGGUCCAGAAUCUGAAAAACGAGCUGAAACACCUUGGACUGACUGAAAGUUUCCCUGAUAUCGAGGAGCAUGCAGAAGUGGUUUAUAAGCAUGUGAAAAGAGUGAAGAAAGCGAAGAAAUUGAGAACUUGUGACUUGAUUGAUGCAGUGGAGAGUUGUCAGAUGAUUUGUGUUCUCAAUCGACUCUCGAACUAUAAGAGAUUCGUUCUCAAUCAGAAAGGAUGCGGCAGAGUUCCGGGAUUAAAGUGUGAGCAGUGCGAGAAAGAGAAGAAGAAAAUGUCAGAUGAGAUCAGAAGCUCUGUCACGAAUCCGCCAGAGGAAAAGCUUCCGAAGGCUCUGAAAAAUCUGAAAAUCGAGAGCUCCACUAGCUACGAAAGCCCCAAUGAUAAUGAGGAUAAUAAGGAGAAUCAGAAUCCGAUUAAGGAUGAGAAGACGUCGAAGAAGAUGGUCUCAGAUAUCAUGAAUUUGUUGGCUCAGAGAUCUAAAGUAGCCACUGAAUCAUCUGAAAUUCUGAACGAUAAUUCGGAAAAAUGUGUAUCAGAGAGUCAACUGCAGACCCAAUUACAGAUGAAAUUGAAGGAAAAGAUUAUGGCGAAAACUGAGGAAAACCAACGACUUCAUGAGACAAUUCUCAAGUUGACUGCUGAAAAUGAGGCGGAUCAGAGAGUAAUUCAACAUUUACUCGAUGAAUUGGCAGCUGGAAACCAGAAGAAAGAUAUGGAAGAGGUAUCCGAUGAUACUGAGGCCUCCAGAAUCCCUCCGGUCGUCAUCUGUUAUUGGAAUAUGUUGAGUGUACCGAAGGGUCUGGGAACAUAUUUUAAAGCAUUCAAAUCGACGAAAGGUGGUCUGACGCAUUUUUUGACUAAACUAGGUCAAACUAUUGCUAGCUCUAUGGUUGCGAAAUGGCUAGUUGCGAAAUGUCGUAGUUGCCGUAGUCUAGUUGGAAUUGUGGAGAAAGAUGAGAAUGUCAAAAAGUUAUUGCUAGAGGAAGCAAAUUUGUACGGCUAUCUUAUUAUAGUGGAUCUAAUCGAUAAUUAUGUAGAGUUGACUUAUAAAACAAUUGCAUCUCUUUUGCAUGCCACAAGCAAAGCUCCGAAAUUCCAAUUGAUUGGAAAAAUCGAUGAGGAUUUCCCAAAUAAACUGAUCAACCUUCUCAAUGACGAUGUCAUCGAUACCAACACUUCCACUUUAUACGGAGAGAUUGUAAAAGAAGGUGGAGAAGUGAACCAUGAUAAGAGUAGAAGGUGGCACGUCACAGAAAAAGCAUACAAGUGUAAAAAGUAUCCGGAAUGUUUGUCUGGUCCGUUUUAUUUGGCAACGAGGAAAGCGGCAAUAGAAGACGUCUUCAUUACUGGCCUACUUGCAGAUGCCGUUGGCGUUGCCCGUAAAAGCCUCCCAAUGCUUCACAUGCUUCCAGAAGAUAAAACAGCUGAGGAAAAAACGGACAUACUCGUCUGGCACACUUUCAAACAUUACGAUCAGUAUAUGGAGUUUUUCAAGAAAAAUUUGAAAUGA